AUGUCUGGCCCAGGUCGCCGUGGUGUAAAGAACCGCUGCAAUGCACUAUUCAUUAACAUGGCUACCAUUUGGAAUACCUAUGGGUUUGACGUAAUGAUGUAUCAUCUUCUAUGUAACGAAAUUCUUGUCUACACCUUCUUUCUGAUGAGCAUCUACUCUGCUAUCUAUACCAUCUAUGGUAUAAUUGAUUUCUCCUCCUCUCAGGCCCUUCUAACCUCAAACCUCUUCACGGUUAUGCAAGGAUAUGGAUAUGAUUGGAUUUCCUUUGCCGUACAGAUGUCUGCCAUACUUGCUUUUGUUCUCUAUACCAAGUUCCUGCUCAUUUAUAGACGCGACUUACUGAGAAUCCAGGAAUUGACACAUCUAGACGUGAGUUUAUAUACACUUUUCCUUUACAACGUUAGGGCUAAGACGCGCGAUGAAGACAUAAUUGCGCGCAUCGACAAGGACUUAACAUAUCUAAAAGGUACAUUUGCUGUUCCCAAAGAGGUACAGCGACCAGUAACCAAGGAGCAAGACCCUAGGGGCGAUAGAGGCGAAGCGUUCCAUGUCUCAAUGCAUGAGAAGGUCAUCAAGUGCGGGCAGAAGAGGUGGGGAAGAAAGGGUGAUUGCGAAAGAGAGCAUCACAUAGAUCACAUCUUCUCAUUGGAGAGGAUUCGCGACUUAAAUGUCUAUCAUGCUAAGAGACGUCUUGCAGAACUUGAGACGCAAUACUAUAAUCAGAUUAAGGCAAAUCCCCAGAAGCUUGUACCAAAGCGUGGUCGUGGAGCAUCCUGCCUAAAGGCGCUUGGGAUUAUCAAGUGCAUGCAAAAAUAUGGGCUUCUGCGGGAUGCUAUUUGGUAUAAUGAGGCUAUUAAAUGGGAGAAAAUGAAAGUACAAAAGAUGGAGGCCAUGAGUUCAGAGACAAGCAAAGGAAUGGCUAUUGUCAUUUUCAAGUUGGCCUCAGCAAAAACGGCUUUCUACAAUCAUCGGCAGUCUUACUUGGGAGACAGAUAUGUCGCGGUUAAAGGAAACAUCAUACGUGUCACCAAAGCACCAUCACCCAGCGAUGUGAAUUGGGAUAAUGUGCACAGAGGGAGAGCUAUUUUCCUUGUGAUGUUCCUCUGUUGUCUUCUCCUUUCAUUACUGCUUACAUCCGUUGUUUAUUUGAUCACCGCAGUGAUCAGAGCUUAUCAGCGAAUCAUUGCGUCUCAGACAACCUCUGUCAUUACGUCGCUCGCGCUAAGUGGAAGUAUGUACCUUGUUAUAUUACUUUCCGAUUAUCUGGGGAGGGUCUUGAUGACCAAGAUCGUCCAACUAGAGCGCCAUCACACAACCUCUGCGUAUGAAACAUCGUAUCUGCUCCGUUACUUUAUCUAUAUCUUUAUCAAUAGACUGACACCUCUAUAUUCCCGAACAAUCUUGGAAUAUUUAACCAAUCUAUUCACCAAUCUAUUCAAGCCAUUGAACCUGAACAAUUAUUAUUUUUUUAAAAUAAUAGACUUCACGAAAGAUUGGCGGUGGGGAAAAGAUACUCCGGGGCGCGACAUAUUAAUGUAUGUGAUACUAGCAACUGUCCUUGAUAACACACUUGAUGUUAUCCUGCACUAUUUGCAACCCGCUGCAUGGGGUGAAUGCUGUCAUAAACGUCACACAAGUAGCCCUGAACAUCUCAUAGAACGUGGUGAUAGCGUUGUUGAGGAGAACACAGAAACAAUAAGCUUGGUGACUACCAAGGCAAAGUACUACUGUGGCUGUCACUGUGAGUUCUGCAGAGUGCGGUCACAUGACGAAGAAGCUUUGCGGCUAAAGCUAGAGUACAGCAUGCUCUAUUGCAGACUGGCAUCUAUAUUCACUUACAGUCUAUCAUUCGGAUAUACUCAGCCCGUAAUACUCCCUAUCGCAUGUGUGUAUUUUCUUUUGCAGAACAUUGUGGGCAAAUGCAAGCUCGUCUACUUGUCUAAACCGGGAAGGAAAUUCUCAACCUCUCUGUCAUCAUAUUUUUGUAACGUAUUGCUGACCUUUAGCUAUCUAUUUGCAACAGCUACAUUAGCUCAAGGGUAUCUGUCCAGCGCGGUUGUGCCAGCUGGAAUAGCUCUCUCUAUUGGCUUCCCAAUCGUCAUUCUCUUCUCAGCUAUCUUCAAUACUGCAACUAUAUGUGCUCUUAUUAAAAUCUGCCGCUGCAGAAGGAAAAUUGAAAAGGAGACGUCCCUUCGCAAGAGCAUCAUAAGCCAUAGUUAUGGAAUGCUCAGCAAAGAGAUAGAAGAGGAAAGGCGGUUCAACAAGAUGCCCAUCUAUGAUCCUGACCUGCAUGGAGAAUAUAUAUUUCAGCCAACAACGGGCUAUUCUGAAAAAGAAUGUGCAAAGCUAAAGACUCUCUUAUCUAGUGCAAUCUCAGGAAAGGCAGAUGACUCCAGCGCCACGCCUGAGGUAACAGAGGCGAUGGCCGUAUCGAAGUUAAGAGCCUCUCCUACAUCGUCACAGAUAGACUAG